UGAAUUUCAAUUUAUUCGUUUAUUUACACGUAUUACAACUUCUUUCUUUCUUCAUUUAUACAAACAUGCCUUCUUAUGUUACUGACGCCAAUCUUUCCAGCCGGGAGCUAGCGUUCUGUGGUGGUGUGGCUGGUAUUGUCUCUAGAGCUGUGAUAGCACCUCUUGAUGUUAUAAAAAUUCGUAUGCAGUUACAGACUCAUAGAACGCGUUUUGGAUUCGGGCAUACUGUAGAAAAUGUAAAAUAUCCCAAUAUGAGGCAGGCAUUUGUGACAAUCAUGAAAGAAGAAGGAAUAAGGGGAUUGUACAAGGGAAACAUGCCAGCAGAAUACUUGUAUCUAUCUUACAGCGCAGUGGAGUUUUGGGCAUAUAAGGAGUUAGAACAAGCCAUAGAAUUGUUUGACAAAAGACGCCGAUUACCUCAUGCUCUAAACACAUUUGGUUGUGGCAUGAUUGCAGGUUGUGCAGCUACAGCAGCUACUUAUCCAUUUGAUUUGUUGAGAACCAGGUUUGCCAGUCAAGGAGGACCACAAAAGUACAGCACAAGUGUUACACGAGCAAUGGCUGAUAUUUAUAAAACUGAGGGCGUGUUUGGGUUUUAUCGUGGUCUAUGGCCAGCUAUCAUUCAGAUUAUGCCUUACAUGGGGCUUUUGUUUUCAACUUAUGAUGUUUUUGCUAAAGGAUUUAAGAAACUAAGGGAUGAAAAUAUCUUGUCUUCAAGUUAUAAACCAACACAUGAUAUGAUCAGUGGCGCAUUAUCGGGAUUUGUGAGUAAAAUAGUAGUCUAUCCAUUUGAUUUGGUCCGAAAAAGACUUCAAAUGGACACUCGAAACAUAAACACAUCUUCCUGGUGGACAUGCUUGAAAUCAAUUAUCAGACAAGAGGGAUUUGCCAGCUUAUACAAGGGUCUAGGACCUUCUCUUGUUAAAGUAGCACCUGCAAAUGCAGUUACUUUUAUGGUGUUUGAAGAAACCAAAGAUGUAUUAUUAUGGUUCAAAAAAUGAAAAAUAUGACUUUUUGUGUUACUCGCUUUUAUUUUCAUAAAUUGAAAAAAGGACACACACGUUUCUUUUUCUCUCUUUUUCUUUU